AUGGGACCCCAUCGUUACGAUGCCGGUAGUGCGCACCGCGAGUCAUGUCCACCGGUCCGGGAUCAGCCCCAGAGUCUUGGCCUGGCCUUGCUUCGACUUGCCCAGCCUGUCAGCCUGUCUGGGGAGCAGGAAUGGAAUAUCUCCAAAGGGCAAUGUUCCCCGCGCGUUUCCUCCCCCGCGGCACAGCUUCCCGCACGACACCCCGACGUUGCUCACGGCGGCAGAACAGAACGCGUCCCCGGACGACAUGUCGCGCCCCGCAAGUUCCGCAACGCCAUCUAUGCCAUCCCGACGGCGACCGGUGCCGUGCAGUGCCUGCAGACAGAGACACUGGAAGUUCAGCCGUGGGUCAGGACAAGCCGGACCUUGAGCUUCGUCGAUGAGACCAAGGACAUUGCCAAUCUCGACGAGUAUCGAGCAGACUAUCUAGACGGACAGGACGACGACGACGACCAUGAAGAGGCGGUUUCUGCCGGCAGCCCAGCAUCUGUCCAGGCGUCGCCGCAGCUCUCCUCGCCCUCAUCACCCCCCCCUGGACCACCAGAACAGAAUCGCGGGCUGCAAGGCAAUGGCGCGUCCACGGUCGCGGCGCGAGACCCUCUGCAGGCCCAUGUCGUCCCUGGGGAUCUCGUCAUGGCUGACGCCGCGGCCCCGAGCAAGAGCAUCGGGUCCAUCCUGUCGGACUUGUUCAGUCUCGGCGUCUCCAACGAGCAUCAGCCAGACAUUGACAUGCCCGCCUCGUUGUGGAGCCCUCAGGACCUUGCUCUUGUCGAUGGCGAGGCGGGCGCCAUCUACCUCGAGUCUUCGCGCUGGCCUCUGCGCGACCCGGAGGAAGCGAUGCUCUUCCGCUACUACAUUGAUUCCCUGUCGCCUUUGCUCGACAUGUGCGAUGAGGAAAAUCACUUUGCGCGCAUCGUCCCCCUGAGGGCCGCCACCUGCUGCCCGCUGUACCACGCCAUCCUCGCCUACGCGGCCAAGCGUCUCAGCAGACUGGGUGGCUACGACAGCGUCGUCGCGGACCGGUACCACCAAAAGUGCCUCAACGCCCUGAUACCGGCGCUGUCCGACGCGGCGGCGGUGGCGGACGAGAACCUGCUCACGUCCCUCAUCUUGCUGCGCUCCAUGGAAGAGCUCGACGUGCCCAUCUCCACGCCCUCGCCCGAGUUCCACCUCAUGGGCACACGGGUGUUUCUAGAAGCCCAGAGGACGUCCUGUGAUUUCACCGGCCUGCGGCUCGCCUCGUUCUGGAUCGCCCUCCGCCAGGAGAUUUACAUUGCAUUUAUCAACUCGCGACCCGUGCGCUCCGACUUUGCCCUCAACAAUUUUGACUGGCUCAGCAAGCCGGACAUGACCGGGUGCAACACGGCCAACUGCGUCAUCAUCUACUGCGCGGCCUGUCUGCGAUACUGCUACGGCGCAGAGGAGCUCACGGUCGAGGGGUGGGACGAGCUCCGACGGUACCUCGAGGCGUGGUGGGACGCGCGGCCCUGGCACUUUACACCCCUCUACACGGACAGGGCCGAGGAUGGGACGCUGCCGGGGUUUCUCCCAGACGAGCGCUACGCCAACAGCGCUGUCGUGACGGGCCUCCAGCACUACCACCUGGCCAAGAUGCUCCUGGCGGCACACAGCCCCACGAUCCCCAAGCUGGGGUUCGGUCGGAGAAGGGCCCUGGACGCCAUCAACGACGAGAUCAAGGAUGCCGUGCGCGCCAUUGUUGGCAUUGCCGAGUCGAACCAGCACACGCCGCCGGCAUACGUGACCGCGAGCAUGGCAAUCACCAUGGCGGGUGAUUGCUUCACGGAGCGGAGCGAGCAGCAGGUUCUCCACGACGUGAUGCUCAAGACGGAUCGGGAACUCGCCUGGCCCACACACUCGGCCCGACAGGCUCUCGUCAAGUCGUGGGGAUGGGACCAGUCCCCGGACGACCCGACUCCGCAUGCAAGCUCGGCCGCUUGCUAG